AUGUAUCCGUGGUACCGGGACAGCGUCGCGGCGGCGGCGGCAGCCGGCCUCGGGGGCCCCGUCGGAGUCGUCGGUUCCGGGUUCUGCUCCACCGGCCCAGGACAAGGCGGCACCACCAUCAAAACAGAGAGCGGAUAUUCGGAUUGCAUGCUCGCCCUCGACUACGUGCAGAGUAAGAAAGCCUCUUUCGCGUGGUCCGAGGGCGGCGAAGAGGGCGGCGGGGGUGGCGGAGGCGGCGGUGGAGGUGGAGGCGGCGGCGGCGGAGGUACGGCUGGCACCGGAACCGGAAGCACGGGCCCAGCCGCCACCGGAGGCGGUGGAUUGGCCCAUUGGGUCAGCGUGAUGGCGGAACACAUCCACAAUCCACACUCGGCCACCGGGGUGGGCGGUGUCCAUCAUCAGCAACAGUCACCCCCUCAACCACCCUAUCCAUGGAACAACGGACUCUCCGGCGAUCAAUGCAACCCCCACGACAAGGAGAGCGACUAUUGGGGUGGCGGACGGGGCGCGAAACAAGGUUACGAGCACUUUCUGUUGCAGGCGAAAAUGAACGCGGACCACGGCCAGCUGCAGAAAGGCGACGAGCAAUACCGGGGCGCAGGAGGAUCCAGCAGCGGAAGUCCUCCAGCGAGUCUGCUGGUGGUUCCUCAGCCUUUGACCGUGAAACCCUCUCAUCCGUCGCAUCUGAACCCUCAUCUGGGUGGACCACACUCUCAUCCGCCGAGAAAGUACCAGUGCAAGAUGUGUCCACAGAUCUUCGGUAGCAAGGCGGACCUGCAGCUCCACACGCAGAUCCACAUGCGCGAGGCGAAGCCGUACAAAUGCACCCAGUGCUCGAAGGCGUUCGCGAACUCCUCGUACCUGUCCCAGCACACCAGGAUCCACCUGGGCAUCAAGCCGUACCGCUGCGAGAUUUGCCAGCGGAAGUUCACCCAACUGAGCCACCUACAGCAGCACAUCCGCACGCACACCGGUGACAAACCGUACAAGUGCCGGCAUCCAGGCUGCACGAAGGCGUUCAGCCAGCUGAGCAACCUACAGAGCCACUCCCGCUGCCACCAGACCGACAAGCCGUACAAGUGUAACUCCUGCUACAAGUGCUUCUCCGACGAGCCCAGCCUGCUCGAGCACAUACCGAAGCACAAGGAGUCGAAGCACCUUAAGACGCACAUCUGCCAGUACUGCGGCAAGAGUUACACCCAGGAGACCUAUCUGGCCAAGCACAUGCAGAAACACGCGGAGAGAACGGACAAGAGACCUCCUAUAAUCGGUACCGGGCUCAGGCCGUCGAUCCACGCGAUGGCGGCUCAUCAUCAAGACCACUACUGGCCGAAAGUCAGUCCGGACUCGGUGAUCAGCGAUCUACACGACCGGCUGCCCCAUCACCAUACCGACUACCAUCAGAACCAGAACCCGGAGAUGCUGUUGCCCGGCCACGGUCACCGCGGCGAGUCCAUAGAGAACGAUUCCAGGCAACAGACCCCGCAACCGGGUGCCAAUCAUCAUCCCAACAGCAGCUCGGCGUUCACGCCGAUCUCCUCGAUCUCGAUAAACUCGAUCUCCUCCAUGCAACACCCGUUGAACCCGCUGAACCACCUGCACUACCCGGGCAGCCAUCAUCCAGCCUCCAGGCCGUACCUCUACGAGGCCUUCAACUCCACGCAGAAAUCCUCGCCAGCGUCCUCCUCGUCCGGAGUGACGUCCGGCACGACCAGCAACCAGAACGCGACCUCGUUCCCCAAUCAGUUGAUCAGCCUCCAUCAGAUCAGGAACUACGCGCACCAACCGAACCUCGGAAACCUAGGCAACCUAGGGAACCUAGGCAAUCUGAGCAAUCUGAGCAACCUAAGCGCGACGAUGGAGAGCCACGCUCUCCUCGGCGGACUCAAGGAGAAGCAGUAACUCCGGCUGGUCUUGGAGAUUAGGAACAAAACUAUCGCUAUUUCUCCUCGGUUUCUUUUUUCUUCUUCGUGUCCACCUGUUCCUCCUCCCUGCGUCCUCUUGCCUUUCCGCGCCGAUCUCCGACGGUCAGCGCGACGUUCCAUCCUUCUGACCGCUUCUUCCCCAACGCUCGCACGUCCUUCCAAUUCGCUCCUCCUCCGUGUCUCUCUCCUUUCCUCUUCCUUCGCGUAAUCCCGUAGAAAUUUCGAGACCUGUUUGCAGUGUGUGUGCACGCAUCCCGAUCACGAGUCAUUUCUAGAUCGUUCCUCUUUCUUCUUUCUCUCCUUCUAUUUUCUUUCUCCUCUCCGGGGAAAAGGUGCCAGGGGUGGGCUAGUCGUUUCGGGACCCCCGACCAUUCGAGCAACGCGCCUUUUAAUUUAUCACACUCACUUAACGAAGUCUAAGUGGUCAGAAAAAUAUAUUCCUCCCGAUUCUUUCCCCCCCGGUAUACACGUAGCAUGUAUAUCUCUCAAAUCGGUAAACCGGUUUCACGAAGAAAAUGAUGCAUUUUCUUCCACGCUUUCAGCCAUUUCCUUUUAUCAACGUCGUUGACGAAAACAGCGACGAACGUUUCUCUGAACAGCAGAGAUCUAAUCGCGUCGUUAUUCCAUCGAGGAACAUUAAUCUCCUCGAAAAGCAUUCGCGAGUCGAAUGCAAAUCGAUCCAGCGACUUUUAAUCGUUUCAAUGCUACCGGGCAUCCAUGCAUGAAGAACGAAUAUUAGAAAGUCCCUGUUCGGUACCGUAUCGACAGGCACUUCCUAUCGAUCCGCCGUGAAUCGGCAAGAUCGAUCGCGAUCGAGCCUCCCGAUGUAACCGACCGUUUAGCCUCGGCGCUGAUUAACUUUCACGUUCGCGAGUUAGUUAGAAAGUAGCCUGGAACGAUAAUCGACCAGCGUGUUUCUCGAUGUUCGGGUUCCCGUGGCGAACAGUCGCACGACGAGGACGAUCCUGGUACCGGAGUCUGCUGGAUUUCCUAGCCAAGCUAUUUUCGAGGGACGUCCCUCUCCGGUACCAAGCGAACGCUUGCCUCCUCUAUCCACCCUGAAGAUCUCCUUAGGUUAACGUUUCCUCCCAUUCUCCCUUCCUUCUUCUUCAUUUUUCUCUUUUUCUUUUUCUUUCUUUCGUCUCUUUUUCCUCUUUUCUCUUCACUUUGGUGUUCCGACGAUCCGGUGGUCCCAUCAGCGAUACAAACACGAUACAAUCGAUCUUGGCAUGUGGUUUUAAUCCGGUUUGGUUUGUAGUUGGAAGAAGUUUCCGUUGCCACGAGUUCCGUAGUUAGGGGUAGUUGGGAGACCAACCGCGAAAUCCCGAGCCCGACUCGGAUUUCCGCGGACUCUGUUUGCUCGAUGAUUCGCUGUAGGCUGCUCGCUGUCGCGAAGCUGCUCUUCGCGGUUGGUUCUGUUGAAGGGUGUGUGCGCGAGAUACUCCUCGACGCGACUGCUCCUCUCCUCUUCCUCUUUUUGAAUGUCAAUCCCGAAUCGUAGAACGCAUUGCAUCCCCCGGUUGCGUUGGAGCCGACGGAGCAGUCGUCUCGAGGAUGAUAGGUCCAAGAGAGAUAUUCUUUCAGAGGGCUUCUUCGACGCGACCGGUCUCUAGGAAUCAACGGAGCAACUACCCCGUGGUAACGACGGAAUCUCGAGGAAACGGUGGCUUCGGAGCUCGACCCUGUUCUGCUCGACCAGAGGAGCGAGAGGACGCUGCGGAACGAUGAGGAGGAGUUGCUUAAAAGCGGCCGUUUCGUAGGAACCAACGCGCACAGUCCGUUUCGGCUCGAUCCCCGUCACACUUUCUAAUUACGAGACGAUCGCCGAUAAAGUUUCUCCCUUCGAUCGCUGCCUCCUGAAAGUCUGUACAAAACGGCAGGAAUCGAUGGGACCGCCGGCAAUUUCGUUCUUUUUCGCGUUCCUGCCUCCCAGGAGCAUCGUACGUAAGAGGGAAUAGCAAAGCCAGGAGAAAUCGUGUCGUGGAGUAGAGCUAUUUUCCAAGGGGUGGCUCACCCCCUGAAACCGGUGCUGGGGGUUGGGCACACCUUUCUGGGUCGAGUGGACGUUUCGCUCGCAACGGGAUAAUUAACGAAGCGAAUGUGUGUGUCUGAGCAAGCCGGAAACUCUGUCUGUGCACGAGUGCGUGUGCGUGCGUGAGCGUGUGCGUGUGCGUGGGUCUGCGUAUACGUGUGGUGUGGCGAGUGGGUGGGAGAGGAGGGGAAAGAAAGGAAGAAGGGAAAAAAUGAAAUGGGAGUCUAAGCAUCGCACGCACCUUUUAAAUAGGAGUUACACGCGUACACACACAUUACAUGAGGGCACAAAUCGUGUGAAUACCUUUGAGGACGAAGCGAGAAAGGAAGAGGGAGAGCGUGAGUGAGAGAAAGAGAGGGUGCAAGAGAGAUUUAGGGUAGGUCGACGACAGUGCCACGAAAUAAUAAAUGCGAAAGUAACGGAAAUAAUAGAGAAUUAAAGAGGGAACGAGGAGCAGAGAAAGGGAGAAAGAGAGGGAGAGAGAGAGAAAGAGCGAAGAGGCGGAGAGGGUUGAAAGGCUAGCAACCACACAGAGGCGCACAGAGAAAGAGAGAAAGAGCGAGAGAGAGAGAGAGAG